UGUAUGUAUUGACGAGAUAGCGUAUUGGUUUGUAAUGCACCGCGCUAGUAGUGAAUACUGACCGUUCCAGAAUUCCAUCAACAGAUUUCACUAAAACUUUUAUUAAAUGUAAUGCAUCAAUGACAGGCCUCACGGAUAAAAUGCCAGCAUACUUACUCUGGCUAUCUACCAUAGUGGCUGUGGUGUUAGCCAGCCUAGACAGUUCAGCCAACCCUGAAGAAUACGUAGCUCCCAGAAGUGCCUCAACAGGAACUAGAUCAGUACCGACGCUACAGUUUGUUGCUGUUGUUACUCGUCAUGGCAGCAUAGCACCCUUUAACACCUUCUCCUCGAGCCUGUACCAAAGCAAUGACACAAGCGUAUGGCCUUUUGGUGAGGGGGAACUGACUCAAAUUGGUCGAGUUCAAAUGUACAAGUUGGGACAGAUUAUUAGGUCCUUGUAUGACGGAUUCCUGGACCAAGCCUACCAACCGGAUGAAUUCAAGGCUUCAAGUUCAUUUGUAGGACGCGCUUUACAAAGUGCCGAGCUGUUCCUGGCCGGACUAUUUCCUCCUGCAGGAUACCAAGUGUGGAACGAACACCUGCUCUGGCAACCCAUCCCGGUUUUUCCUAGUUUAUUCGAUCAUCAUGAGAUGGUGCUAAUUGAUGGAAACAAUCUGUGUCCAAAGUUUAAGGAGGCUCAAAAAUUAUCCCUGAUGAAGGUAAAUCAAGUGUACAGCUCCAUUCUGACCACUUUCUUAGACUACGUCCUUCCUCACACGGGCAUAGACGAACGUCUAUUGGUAAAAAAUGUUGGAUCAGCAUACAGGAUACAAACUGUGUUUCUUGUGUGGGAGUCCUUGGAACACGCAUCAAAUAAUGGACUUCCUCUGCCAGACUGGGCCAACAAGAUAUAUCCAGAACCGAUAUCUUCUCUGUGGUUUGAGAUAGCAAAGGCACUCUUUACAGAUUCUCUUGACCAGAUCAAGUAUAUGGAAGGAGAACUGUUUCAAGAGUUGGUAGGCCUGAUGCAGUCCAAGGCUAACAACACGCUGAGCCCGGACACACGCAUGUACUACUACUCCGGCCAUGACUACACGCUACUGGCCCUACUGGCGAUGCUGGGGCAGCGAUCGCUGGAAGAGAUUGGUUUCGUGAGCACUGGUUCUGCCUUGAUCUACGAGCUCCACCGAGAUCCGGACACUAACCAAUUCUACAUCGAGGUGAUGUUCGUUGACGGAGCCGCUCCAGAGUGGGGACCCAUGGAUGUCGACAUCCAAGGCUGUGAUCCACCUUGUGAUCUUUACCAGUUGUUGAACAUCACCGAGAAAUAUUACAAAAUCACAAAUUGGAAGGAAGAAUGCAAUUUUAUAUCUAAGACAGCGUAAACUUUUAUAUUAUGGCUUCUUUAUUAUAUUCAAUAAUAUUAAAUUCAUUAGAAAAGUCUUGGAUCCUGCGCUGUAAUAAUAAUUAACUAAAUAGAUAUAAUGUGCUUGGUAUUUAGGGAGAUAAUAUAUAUGUAAAAUACGAGAUUAUAGAACAAUACAGAA